AUGGACUCCCCUUCCCUGCAUCUGGCCUUUCUAGGCCACGCCCACCGCGCUGCUGUGCGCUGCUGCUGCGUGCUUCCUGACGGUUUACUGCUGACGGGUUCUUUGGACUCCACUGUGGUUGUGUGGCAGCAGCAGGAGGCCCAAGAGCAGCAGCAGCAGCAGCAGCAGCCGAGUGCUCCCUCUCCGCCCAGCAGCAGCAGCAGCAGCAGCAGCAGCUGCGUGGGGUGUAUGUACACCCCACACAAAACCCUGCAGCACCACAAUGACUUCGUGCUUUGUCUCUCUCCUUCACUUUCUCUUUCUCUUCAGUUUUACUCGGGCAGCAAAGACCAAACCCUUUGCAGGGUUCACGCGCAAACGGGAGUGGUGGAGAUGAAGUACCGCGGCCACAAAAGCCCCGUGUGCUCGGUAGCAGAACAUAAUGAAUUGGUGGCUUCUGGAGAUUGGGCGGGAGAGGCGAGGGUUUGGAACAGAGACGAGGGUUUGCUGCUGCACGUGCUGACGCAGCACCAUUCCUUUGCAGUGUGCGUGUGCUGGAUGGGGGCCGCGCUGGUAACUGGGUCUCAGUCGCGUUAUCUUUGCGUUUGGAAUGAAGAGGGAAAAGAAACUCUUUCAGUUGAAGGAGCCCAUGAAGACAUCAUCCGCUGCGUCGCCGCGCUGCCUCCCUCCAGCAGCAGCAGCAGCAGCAGCAACAGUAGCAACAGCAGCAGCAGCAGCAGGCUGGUGAGCGUAUCGAACGACCGCCGCAUCAAGCUGUGGACAACAGAGCUGAAGUGUCUUUUAGAUAAAGAAGACGCCCAUGAGGCUUUUAUUUUCAGCGACGACGGCCUUUGCUGCCUUUGGCAAAUUUCCGAUGCGGCGAAUCCCUCGAUCUCUUUGCUGCAGAAGUUGCAGCAUCCCGCAACUGUCUGGCAGGCUGUGGAGCUGCCCACAGGCGAUGUAGCCACGGCCUGCGAAGACGGGCGGCUGCGAAUAUGGACAGCAGACCAGGAACGGGCGCUGCCUGCCGAUGUCAUCGCCGCAGCGAAUGCGGCGGCUAAAGAUAAGCGUCAAGGCACCAAAGACGGCGAACUGGUGGUCUGUAGGAGGGGCGACGAGGCUGUGGUGCUGAGCUGGCAGCAGCAGCAGCAGCAAUGGGACUUUGUGGGGCAUGCACUGAACCCCCUCACCAACCGGAUGGGGCCCCCUAAGGGGGGCCCCAAGACCUUCUUCCCCGGGGACCAAUUCUUUGAUGAAGGUUCCUACGACUUUGUGUUCAAUGUGGAACUUGGAGAAGACGGCGAGUACAAGAAGCUGCCCUUCAACCGUGGCGACAACCCCUUGGUUUCUGCUGAGAAGUUUGCUGCUCGGGAGGGGUUGCACAAGUCUUAUUUGUCUCAAAUUGUUUCUUUUAUAAAUGCCAACAGUGGGGGCCCUGGGGGCCCCUCUGGAGCCCCAGCAGCGGCAGCUGCUGCUCCCCGGCCAACCGGAGCAGCAGCAGCAGCCCCCAGCACCAGCAACGGCAGCAGCAGCAGCAGCAGCAGCAGGCAGCAGAAACAUAUCCCCGUUCUGCAGUGUGUCUCCUUUUCUAAAGCCAAUGUAGAGGGACUGAAGAAGGGGCUGCUGGAGGCCCAGCAGACACUCAAGCAGCAGGGGCAUCAGGCGCGGCUGUCGGAGCUGGACGAGAGUUACCUUGCUGCUGCGCUCGAGAAGCUGCACAGCAGCAACUAUUUGAAGGAGAACUUCAGGGCAAGCGAGGUGCACGUAAUGAUGCAGCAGCUGGCUCUUUUCCCCGCCAGUAUGCAGCUGCCAGUCUUCGACUUGUGGCGGCUCUUUUGUCUUCAUCCUCAAUACUCUCUAUCUUUCAAAAACUCAACAAACAGCGGCUGGGACUUCGUUUCGCUGGCACUGCAGCGAAUCAAAGAGACAUGUGCUGCAGCAGCAGAGCAGCAGCAGCAGCAGCAUGGUGCAGGCUUAGUCCUUUGCUGCCUGCGCUACCUGGCGAAUCUCUUGAUGUUGCCAACAAACAGAGCAGUCAUGCUGCAGCACGCGCAGCAGGUCCUCGCUGCUCUCAAAGUUGCUGCUGCUUCUCUUUCUCUUUUCCACUCGCGGCCCUGCCGCCAGGCGCUUUGCUGCGUGCUGUUGAACUUUGCUGUUUCCUGCCACUGCUUGGGUUCUUCUUCGCUCUCUCAAGAUCACAAGGCCCAGCUGUGCCAGUUAAUAAUGGAGGUCAUGCAAACGGAGACAGAUCCGCCGCUUUUCUAUCAUCUUGUUGUAGCUGCUGGGACCCUCCUUAGCGACACCCAGACGCGGCAGCAGCUGCGGCCGCUGCUGCAGCAGCUGCAGCAGCUGCUGCCGCCACUCAACGAGCGCGUACACCCUGAUGUCCCCCUCGGAGAGGCAGCGCAGGAGGUCCUCAACCUCGCUGGUUUCGGGUGUAUGUACACCACAGUGGGCAUGGCUCUGCAAAGGCACUCUGGCGCAGACUAA